AUGAGAUCGUCUUUAUGUCUUGCCGACAAGGAGGAGGAGGAGGAGAUGAUCCUAACCAUUACCGGAGAUCUUGGACACGACCCUGUUAACGAUGAGUACAAAAUGCUUAGCAUAGUUAGGAUUUUCGUUAAGGAAGAGAGAGUAGUGAGAUCAGAACAUCAAGUGUUGGUACUUGGAGCUGGAGCUUCAUGGAGAAAGAUUCAAUGCCACAUUCCUCAUGGUCCUUCCUCGGAAGAAAUAACAAUCAACGGUGUAAUGUAUUAUAAAGCUACUCUUGAUGCAGACAGAUGCGUGGUUAUGAGUUUCGACUUGUGUUCUGAGGAGUUUAAUUUGAUUGAAUUGCCUAAUGAGCUUCGGUCCGGUUGGUACUGGUAUUGGAACAGUUUCAUAAACCACAAAGGAAAAUUAGCUUUGUUAAGUUAUUAUAGACUUAGUGGUGAUACGUGUGAUGAAGUUACUUCUGCAAUUUGGGUUCUUGAAGAUGCUAAGGAGAGUCAAUGGUUAGACAAGAAGACUUUUGUUUUCCCUGUUUCUCAGAAUUUCAUCAUUACCAAUCAACAAAGGAUGGGUGGCACUAGUGGUACGGUUUGGAUCCCAGAGGGAAAAAUCGAGCGGAAUCAACCCACACGUUUUUUCAUUUAUGAUCUGGAGAGGAAUGAUUCAACACAAGGCAUUGAGAUCAGGCCUUUUCAUGAUAGCUUUAAGACGACCAAUUGGUUGCAGGCAUAUUUGUGGGAUGAUAUUGAAAACAUCAUGUAUUUGGAAAUCUAG